GACGGUCCCUCUCAGAUGGCAUUGGAAGAUCUCGCCAUGUUCCGUGCCAUUCCAUCUUGUACAAUCUUCUACCCCAGUGAUGGUGUAUCCACAGAAUAUGCAGUCGCUCUAGCCGCUAAUACUCCAGGCAUCUGCUUCAUCCGUACCAGCCGGCCGGACACUGCAAUAAUCUACUCUCCGGAAGAAAAGUUUGAAAUUGGUCAAGCCAAGGUCGUACGCCAAAGUGAUACAGACAGGGUCACGGUUAUUGGUGCUGGUGUCACUUUACAUGAGGCUCUGGCGGCAGCAGAUGAACUCGCAAAACAAGGUGAAACUGCUUAGAACUUUAUACUGACGUGAGGCUGUGAGACUUCUAGUAAGAUCCGGUAUAGAUUUCAC